AUGCCGAGCCAAAUCGCCCCAAGGACGGCCCUCAUCCUGGCCUGCGCGGCGCCCGCCGCCGCCUUCGCGCCGGGGGGCGCCGCGCGCGCGCUUCCGCCGCUUCUGGCGACGGAGGACCCGAGCCGCACGGCCAGCUAUCUCAAAAAGCUGGCGCCGGCGCCGGAGACCGCGCUGCGCGCGGAGGUGCUGCGGAGGAAGCUCGAGGGCCGCCUAACCCUAAAGGAGGAGAACGACUACCUCGCGACGCUGGAGAGCACCGGCGCGCUCGCGCCGGCGCGGUCGACGCCGCGCGCGCCCUACGACGCCGAGUACCUCGACGAGCUGGACCGGUCCACCUGGGCGAGCACGCUCUUCCAGAAGGAGCUCGCGCGGCGCGGCGUCGGCGCCGCCGCGGGCGAGGUCGAGUACCUCGAGGGGCUCGACGCCGGCGGCGAACCGGAAGAAUCUUCCCCGCUCGCGUGGCGCGGCGCGAUGCUCUUCGUGACCGUCGCCUGGGCGACGAACUUCGCGUUGACGGCCUUCGCCUGCGAGGAUCUAGGCGCCGCGGCGGGCCUCGACGGGUCCACGGCCGCGCUCGUCUUCGUCGCGUUGCGCUUCUUCGUCGCGUCCGCGUCGACGGCGCCGUUCCUCGCGGACGCGUCGCCGGGCGUCUUGGCGAGCGGCGCGAAGAUCGGCGGAUUGUGCGCCUUCGGCUACUUCGCCCAGGCCGCGGCGUUGUCGCUGGGGUUCCCCGCCGCGAACGCCGCGUUCAUCUGCUCGCUGCAGGCGGUCGUCGUCGCGUUGCUCGCCAGGGGCGGCGUCGCGCGGCGCACGUGGCUCGGCGUCGCCCUCGCCGUGUCCGGCGUCGCGUGUUUGGAGCUCGGCGGGCCCGCGGUCACCGACGCCGCGAGCCCCGUCGCCUUCCUCUUGGCGCUCGGCCAGCCGGUGGGCUUCGGGCUGUCGUAUCUCGCGUUGGAGGACGCGGUCGAGGAGCACCCGGACGACGCGGUCGCGCUCAGCGCCAUCCAGUGCGUCGUCAUCUUCGGCGGCGCCGCCGCGGCCCUCGGCGCCGCGCUCGGCGCGCCCGACGCGGUCGCCGACGUGUCCUCGGCGUUGUCGACGAUGUCGCCGGCCGUCGCGGGGACUCUGGCCUGGUGCGGCCUCGUGUCGACGUCCUUCACGAUCUGGUUGCAAGCGGAAGCUUUUAAGCGCCUCCCGGUCAUCGACAGCUCGCUGAUCCUCACGUCCGAGCCGCUCUGGGCCGCGCUCGUCGCCGCGGGGCUCCUCGGCGACACGUUCACGCGCGGCGACGUCGCCGGCGGGCUCCUGAUCCUGGGCGCCUGCGCGGUCAACGACGGCCUCGUGCCCCUGCCGGACUUCCUCGACGAGCCGGAACUCGCCUGA